AUAGUGCACUCUGUGUAAUAUUUUGUAUUGUAUUAAUUGCAAACUGUCAUUUCUUUAAGAAAUAUGUGUCAGUAGUUAGUUUAGUUAGCUUAAUAUAACAGUGGAGCUUUCAUCUACUAACAAAGUGCUUUUAUGGUCACUGGAUACACACAUGUUGUGACACACAAGCCAUUGAUUUGCCUGUUUCAUUUAUCCAGAUACAUGUGUUGUAUUCAGAUCUGUUACAUAUAUCGGUAGCUUGAUGUCCUAUUAGCGGUCACUCCUUCAGCUCUGAACGUGCCACAGAUUGAUUUUGGAUGUAACACUGAUGUCUAAUUCACAUUGUUUUCUAUGUCAGUUUUCCCUCCUACAAGCGAGCUCCUCACACCUUGAUCCCCUGAAGGUCUAACAUGUACAAGAAAUAUAUUCCAUCAGUGAAUCACACACACUUUCCAUCCAUGAAACAAGCCAGACUCACCGUAUGUCUCGUGUGUGGAAUAUAUUGCAGACGUGUUCUCCAUACCUGAUGUGAUUCCCACGUUGCUUCAUUCUGCAUUGCACUCAUAUCGUCUCUGUGUGCCUUGCCAGGAUAGAUAUGAUUGUGGGGCCGCCUCCCCCAACAACACCUCGCCAUAAGAAGUCCACUGAAGUUCCUAGAGUUGACCAGAUAGUUGGUAAAGGUCCCAAAGGUGAAGGAGAUGCUGUGGAGGACCAGAGUAUGAUGGGACGUCUGGUCAAAGUGGAAAAGCAGGUGGUCUGCAUGGACAGGAAACUCGACUUCCUGGUUAAUGUGUAUGUGCAGCGUAUGGGUAUCCCCCGUUCUGAAACAGAGGCCUUUUUCAACUCCAGGGAGCCGUAUCCAGCCCCGCCUUACCACAGCCCCGAGGAGAGCAAAGAAGAGAAGGAGGAAAAAGAGGAGGUACAGGAGGUGAAGACAUGCUCAGCAGCUGAUGUCCCAUGCUCUGACGGGUCCUUGGAAAAGAAAGACCCUUUACUCGGUCGAUCUGUGGCGAGAUCAGUUGGUACUCCCUCUGGGAGCAACAGCCGCCCCUCUACCUCCUGGCAGCACCAGCUGCAAAACCCCAUCAGCCAGCCUGCCUGGAACAGCAGCGUGGCCAACACCCCUUCGCCAGUAGGUGGCAGCGGCGACCAUUCGCCCACCCUGUUCCGCCUCCCACCUCCACCUGCUCCAGCUCAUGACAGAUCCUCUUCGGGUCAGGGUGGCAGCGGCAGAGAGAGCGGCUCCCACAGCAAGAGGCGCAACAGGAGGCACAGGUGCCAUCGAGAGGUCACCGCAGUAGAUAGUGACACAUACCUCUCCAUCCUGUCGGUUGACCAUGAGGAGCUGGAGCGCUCGUUCAGUGGCUUCAGCAUCUCCCAAGCCAAGGAGGACUUCUUUGGGCCCUCGUUCUUUACAGGCUUAGGAGGGGGAGCCGGAGCAGGGCCCGAAGCCGGAAGUGGACCUUCACUCUGUGCCAGGGUCAGACCAUUGCUAGCAGAGGGGGAGUCGGACACAGACUCUGACCUCUGUGCUCCCUCGCCUCUGUCUUUCACCGGAGAGGUCUCAGGUGGAGAGAGGGGGUGGUGGGCUGGGCUGAAGUAGAAAGGACUGCUCUGCUGGCAGACCUGCUGACUGUGACAGAGGCUGAUGCCCCGAUUGCCAACAUGACCAUAUCAUUAGACCUCGUGGCCACAGGCUCACUGUAGAUGAUGGCUGAUACAGACUAUAUUGGGCGGUUAUGUGCAGUUGUCUUUUUGCGAUAACAGUAAAAACGAGUUCUCACAAAAACAACGGGAUUAUCCUUUAUCAACAUUUAAGUUUGUAAUGUAACACUUCACUGGCAAUGCCUGAUUACGGUUACUUUUGUAUCCACUCAGAAUUUGAUUAAAUAGCUGUUUAGAAACCUUUCUUUAACUUAGACAAGAAGCCUUUUCGUUAUGGUACUUAGUGAGACGACACUUACACGGUGUGGAUUUGUUGAAACAAUAAAGAGAAUUGCCAUUUUGGUUCCUCUUAUGAGACGUAUGAGUAGCAUUUCAGCACGUCUUCUGUUAAACACUGACCACUUUAACAUUCAAAAGCUUGCUGGAGUUUGUAACGCGAGACUGUUGAAAUCUUAUCACGUGGUUAACGUAGUGUCUUGAUAACUUCUAUACCUUAGGAUGUCUUGAGGUGUUAUGUUGCCAAAGCCUUAGCUAUGAUGAUCAGUUAGAUUCUUGCUGAUUUUAAAAAAAAGAAAAAAUGCUUCAUUAUUAAUUCAGCCUGGCAUUUAUUUAAUACUAUGUAUGAACUCCCCUUAAAGUAAUACUGAAUACUUCUGUAAGGAUACACUAAGGAACCACCUGCAUGGCAUGAUAAAUGAUUGAUUUAAGGACUGUGUUAAGUAGGCUGCAAAAACCAAACAGUGACAAACAGUCAAACUGUGUUUUUCUUCUAUACAGUAAGAGAGAGUGAUGAAUUUAAUUAUAAAAAAAAGUGCAUGCAUGACUGGUUUCAAGCUAUGUUUUAAUUUUUCUAAGGAGCUUUGCUUGAAUUCCAAUCAUGUAAAUGCAGCCUGAGCUUGCUAAUUUCAACAGCUCUUCUUUUCUGGGUAAAUAUGUUCAUCAAAUUCUAUACACAUUAAAUACAAGAGCAGAUGUUUAAUGCUGCACAAGUAUGGGAACAGGAAGGGCAUCUGCUUGUACAUUUUGUAUUGUUAUCACAAGGCAUGCAGUGUUGAAGCUGGAUUGAGUGCACGUGAAACUUUCUCACUUGUUACUGACAUGAUGGUAUUUAGCCUGCAGUGCAUUGAACGUUCAUUUAGAUUCUCUGAUGCUACGUCAGUUUCAGACUAAAUGAGGAAAUGCAAUAAAAAGCAAGCAACGCAAUCAAGAACUCAUCCUUUAAAAUUGUUGCCUUAUUUCCACACCAAAAUUUUAGAGGUCCACAAAUCAACAAUUUCAUUUUUAACAUUUUAUAACAGUAGUGUAUGUAAAUUGUUAUGGGAGGUUCUUUGGCCUGAGAGCAGAUGUUUCAGGUUGCACAUUUAGCCAUUAAUAAUGCUAACCUUUGAAGCAUGAACAGUUCUUGUUAAAAUUAACCAAUGCCAACAUUUUAACAUUUACAUUAUAACCAAGGAAGUGUAAUUCAAUAGAGACUGUUAAUGCGCAGUCCAUAUUUUUCAGCAAAAUCAGGAAGCAACUUGCUGGCAUGAUUUUUACAACCCAUUGAAAAGACAUGUAGGGUUUUACAUGAUACCGUAGAUCAGCACCAUUGUGUAACUGCACCUUUGUCUUGUUCAAAAAUAAAACUUUGUGCAUCACUAAAAA